UGCGGUCGAGAGGCUGACAGAUUGACGUCAUCGGGACUGACGCAGAGCGAGCAGAGAGGCAGAGCGCAGCAGCAUCCCUGCUUACCAGCGGCACCUCACCAAUCUCCAGCAGCGAGGUGUUUUCUCACUGAGCAUCCUACAGAAAUAACGAGAUAAAAGAUAAGAUGGCCACCUCCUCCUCCACUCUGGAAGAAGACGAGAGUUUGAAGGGCUGUGAAAUUUUUGUGCAGAAGCACAACAUCCAGCAGAUCCUCAAAGAGUGCAUUGUGAACCUCUGCAUUGCAAAGCCUGAGCGUCCUAUGAAGUUCCUGCGGGAACAUUUUGAAAAGCUGGAGAAGGAAGAAUGCAAGCAGAUCAUGGCACGCCAGAAAUCUAACAGCCAGUCGGACUCACACGAUGAUGAGGUUUCUCCCCCACCGCCCAAUCCUGUCGUGAAGGCCCGGCGCCGCAGGGGAGGGGUCAGCGCCGAGGUCUACACUGAAGAGGAUGCUGUCAGCUACGUACGCAAGGUGAUCCCAAAGGACUACAAGACCAUGACCGCCUUAGCCAAGGCCAUCUCCAAGAAUGUGCUGUUUGCUCACCUGGACGACAAUGAGAGAAGUGACAUAUUUGAUGCCAUGUUCCCAGUCACCCACAUCGCAGGGGAAACAGUCAUCCAGCAAGGCGAUGAAGGAGACAACUUCUAUGUGAUUGACCAAGGUGAAGUGGACGUAAGUGGCCAAUGUGGAGACAAACACACAUAA